ACAUACCUGGCAACUCUGCGACCGCCGCUUUGUUAACACUUCAUUGAGCCAAGAUGGCAGAUUUCGAGGAGCUGAGCGAUGAGGAGAAGGUCCGUAUUUCAGCUAAUUUUGUGCUGCACGCUCCUCCAGGAGAGUUCAAUGAAGUCUUCAAUGAUGUGCGAGUACUGCUCAACAAUGAUAGUCUUCUCAGAGAGGGCGCGGCUCAUGCCUUUGCCCAGUACAACAUGGAUCAGUUCACCCUUGCCAAAAUUGAUGGAUACGACGACCAGGUCCUGAUAACGGAGCAUGGAGACCUGGGCAAUGGCCGCUUCUUUGACCCCCACAACAAGAUCUCCUUCAAGUUUGACCACCUGAGAAAGGAAGCCAGCGACCCCCAGCCUCACGAGGGCGAGGCUGCCCUCAGGUCAUGGAGAGACGCCUGUGAUACUGCCCUGAGGGCCUACGUCAAGGAGCACUACCCCAGUGGAGUUUGCACUGUUUAUGGGAAAACAAUCGAUGGCCAGCAGACUAUUAUCGCUUGUAUCGAGGGUCAUCAGUUUGAGCCUAAAAACUUCUGGAACGGUCGCUGCCGGUCUGAAUGGAAGUUCAGUAUCUCGCAACCCACAACACAAGUGGCUGGAGUCUUGAAAAUACAGGUGCAUUAUUAUGAGGACGGAAAUGUGCAGCUGGUCAGCCAUAAAGAUAUACAGGAGGCCCUGACUGUGUCUAAUGAGAGCCAGACUGCAAAGGAGCUGGUGAAGAUUAUUGAGGAUGCAGAGAAUGAAUACCAGGUGGCCAUCAGUGAGAACUAUCAGACCAUGUCGGACACCACGUUCAAAGCCUUACGCAGACAGCUCCCGGUCACCCGCACCAAGAUCGACUGGAACAAGAUCCUCAGCUACAAGAUUGGCAAGGAGAUGCAGAAUGCUUAGAGAACAGUCUGUUUGGGUUACGUCAAAUUGGGUAGAAGCUGAUGCUCGCGCAAACACGUGUGACGCAAACGUAACGUACUGUAUGUCUUUCUAAAAAAGAGACAUUUUGUUUGGGGUUUUACAGAGAAUGACAGCUGCCGUUGUGCACUACGAGGGGAUGCCUUCAUUUUACAGUGACAUUGAGUGGUGUAACUGUCGCUCAUUUGCAAACACGUUAUUUUUUCACAAACAAUGCCUUCAGUAACACUGUGAGAGCUCGGGUCACUCCCUGCUUUUCGUUUUCUCAGUCACAUGUCAAACACACACAGCUUCUGAUCCCCAGUGCUUCAAAAUAGACAUGGAUCCUCCCAAAACCCCUUUUACUGUCAUGUAGCAAACUAAUCUACACUCUAUAUAACAUAACUGAUAUUCUUUAAGAGCUUCCAAUAUCUCCUAUAGUUUUUUAUCGAUAGAGGGCAAAUACUGUAUGCAAUUCGAUAUAUUAACUGAAAGACACUUGACACAUCAAAUUAGUCUGAAGAUCUGUUUAUAUGUACGCAUCCCUCAGAACGUAGGGUUGUAGCCAAAGCGUAAAUGUUUCUUCUGUUUCCAUUCACUGAACAUAUUUUGCUCCCCCCCACCCCCCCCCACCCCCCUUUUUUUGUUGUUGAGAGACAUUUUCAGUGAUACUCUCUCUGUACCCCCCUGGACUGACAAAGUAUUGGUGUCCUCCUGCUAGCUGUUUGCCUUUAGCUUUUGCUAUAUUUUUUAUACAAACUGUAAGUAAAUUUAUUAUUCAUGAAAUAAAAAUAUGACCUUCAAGCAA